UUGUUUUUCAGCAACUGAAAUCAGGUGUCAAGAGAAAUCUAAGGGUGGUCUGUCAUAUGAAGUAAUCCUGGCAGAGCCUGUGGCUGUGACUCCUCCCAAACGACCUUCCUCCCCCAGCAACAAGGUUUCAGUGGAGAACAUCGAGGAGAAAUUGAAAGCGGCUGAAGAGAGGAGAUUGUCGUUGGAAGCAAACAGGAUGGCUUUUUUGGCUGCCAAGAUGUCAAAGAUUGAGGAGGCAUCAAAGAAGAGGGAGGAACAAGCAAAUAAUUUCAUUUCACAAACGCGAGAAGCCCUAGAACAAAAGAUGGAAGCGCACAUUGAGAAACGAGAAUCAUUCAUCAANCUUCUGGGAUUUGGCACCAAAUUUCAUCGAGAGAGUGUGGAGAAGACGAGACUGUCACUAGAAAUGCAGGCAAAUGAAGUGAGAAAUGCAGUUGAGGAGAAGCUCAAAACAGCAGCUGCUCAGCGAGAUGAGAAUAUUAAAAAAAUGUUGGAUAGGCUUAAGGAACAUGAGGAGCAGGUGCAGCGGGUUCGGGCAGGAAUGCUCGAGAAGAUGAACCAGUUGGAGUCUCAGAUUCAGAGUAAGCUGGAGUUGGCACAGACAAGACGUGAGCAGCUCGAGCAGGAGCAACUUGAGAAGCUGCGUAGUCAUGAACGCCGGGCUGAGAUGGUGCGACAGAAUAAGGAGCGUCUAUCAAGUGAGAAUGAUGAGCAGCAGACUGCUUCUUCAGGCUAGUUGGACAUGCAGUUAUGGAGCUGACUCUGCCCAGCCCCUACUUCCCUUCUGAGCAAGGAACAAAGCUUGUUGGCAACUGGAUUUGGAAUUAGUUAACAUGGAGACACACCCUUGAUAAACGGU